GGUGCUAAGAAGGUGAAGAAUGUCCCCACGGACCUCGGCCUUUCCCACCACUACAGGAUCUGUGAGUUUGGAGGAUUCGACUGUCUCAAGCAUCCAAAUCAGGUGGACCGAAAGGCACAUGAGUGGCUCCUCCCCCUGGCAAAAAGAGUGGCAUCCUCGUGCUCCAAAAUUUUCCCUUCGCUCGGCAGGUGUCCUGCGGCUCCUCCACUCGGCUCCCCUUGGUGAAGUUUUGCAGGACGCUUCUUCAAACUCCACACACUCAUUUGUACACGCUUUCGAGGCAUCCUUUUGUACGCUCCUCUGUACACUCGUCAACUUCCCACGUGCCACUGCUGGUUGACCUUAGUGUAGCUGGAUCUUGUGAUACAACCCCAGUGCCUGUAAAUCCAGCGUGAUUGCAUCUGCGUAAAAUACCUGUCUUCAAAAAACAAUAUCAUUGUCUUGUAAUAAGAUAGUUAACAAGCUUGCUUAUAAUAAAGCAUAUCAGCUUGAUAUCCUAUACCGAGGCCGUGCGAUAAUGCGUUAGUCUUUAAGUACAACUCAGUGCCUUCUGUGGUAGUGCCUUCGAAUAUCAUGUGAUACAUGAUGAGAAAAGUUACAUAUAAUAUAUGUGCUUCUGAGACAUUUUAUAUUUUCCAGAAAGUCCUGCACAUGAUUGUGUGCAUGCGUUAUCAAUACUGGCUUUUAUGAGAGUAUAUGGAUGUACAUAUUUAUAGAUUACAGGUAAUGUAUGAAUAUAUACAUGUAUGAGUAUGUGCACACA